GCGGUCGGCCGUAGCGCCUGCGCGGUGAGUCGGCGCUCCUGGGCCCGGCCUCUUUUGUCGGUCUGAAGGGAAUGGAGCCCGGCGGUGGCCGCCGCGAGAAGCUCCCGCCGCCGCCGCUGGUGCUGCCGCCCGCCAAAGCCAAGGAGGGUCCCGGGUCCAGCGGCGGAGGCGGCAACGCCCGCCUGGAGAAGGCCAAGCAGCGCUCGGCUCAGCAGGAGCUGAAGCAGCGGCAGCGCGCCGAGAUCUAUGCCCUCAACCGGGUAAUGACUGAGCUGGAGCAGCAACAGUUUGAUGCCUUCUGCAAGCAGAUGAGGGCUUCCAGUGAGUGAGCCCUUCAGACAGCCAGAUCUUCGCUCCCCACACAAGACUUCACUCAAGGUCUGAACGCUGGACCAUGGUCAGUGGUCUGUUAAAACCACGGUGGGAAGUCCCCAGACCCUUUUUCCUCUGGGCUAUGGCAGUGCCUCUCAGCCGCUUCCAAAUCCACCAAAAGCCCAAGCCCUUGCGAAAAUUGAGUGUCUCAUUGUUUGAACUGUUUUUUUUUUAAAUCCUAUUUAUUAAAUAAAUUAGUGUUUUAUAUGUG